GAGGACAACUUGCGUUCCACGAGAAGCGCUCGGAGGGCUUGUUUGAGCUCUAUUCUCAGGCUAUUGGUCUUCUCUCUAAGGUGUCUGGUUUGCCCCAACUGGAAUUGUAUUCAGACUUGGCUUAUGGGUAUUCUGUUGGAUCCAAUGUGCUGUGGCGGACGUAACGUAAUGCUUCACGAAGCAUCCCAUCGUCUGCGGCUCCCGCCAUGUGUUGUUGUCAAUACAGUUUCUGGGCUUGUGACCUAGGUUCAAAUCUCGAAUGCUGCCUCGUUCAUUGUCAAGGCGCCGUCAGCCCAGCAAACCAGGGCAUAAGUGGAGAUAUCAGAAUGUCACGGUGUCCUGGUGGUGGCCGUUUCUUAAGAUCUAUCUCACGGCGUAUGGCUUAUAAAGAUUCAAAAUCGGCUGAGUGAUUUUGGCUGCUGUUCGCCUUCCGUCCCUUCAAGUUCACUUACGCCACAUCUUGUCUACUGCCAUGGGCUCUGCCACUCCAGCUGUUAUCCUUACGGAGAGUGAGGAAACAAAAUCAUUGACCAGGAGGGUGCUUUGGAAACUUGACCUCCAUAUUUUGCCCCUUUUGACAUUGCUCUGGUUAUCUGCUUUCACAGACAGGACCAAUAUAGGGAACGCACGUAUCGCGGGCCUAGAAGCCGACACUCAUCUCAACGGCAAUCAGUUUAACACCUGUCUUGCUGUGUUCUACGUGUCGUACAUCAUUGUCGAAUUACCAUCCAAUCUGGUCCUGAAGAAACUGAAACCCAGCCGCUGGAUACCUUUCCUGGUUGUGUCAUGGGGAACGGUGACUACCCUGAGUGGGCUCGUCCAGAACUUCUCUGGUCUGGUUGCCAUCCGUUUUUCCCUGGGGCUCUGCGAAGGAGGGCUUCUUCCUGGGAUCAUGCUCUAUCUAAGUACUCUUUACAAACGGCACGAGUUGCAGCAGCGUGUCGGAAUAUUUUUUGCCGCUGGUUCAAUGUCUGGCGCAUUUGGAGGUCUUUUGGCCACCGCAAUUAUUAAGAUGAAUGGCAUUGGAGGACUGGCCGGUUGGCGAUGGAUAUUCAUUCUCGAAGGUCUUGCCACUAUUAUAAUUGCACUCCUUGCCGUAUAUUUCCUGCCCGCAGACCUUUGGUUUGCCGAAUUCUUUACCGAGGAGGAGCGAGCAUUUGCCCUCCAUCGCUUCCACAUUGACCAGUCCGCAGGUAUCAGCACAUCGCAGCCAGAGGACGCUAAGCGCAGCAGCCAUGCGUCUCGUGACAUGGAAAAGGAUGGCAAGCUCUCAGUCGAACUUUCUCAACCGAAGUUAGAGACAAUACAUCAGGAACACGAGGUCUUCGAAUGGGGAGAGGUCAAGCGAGGACUCAGUGACGUUCAAGUUUGGCUCCUCACAUUAACUUACAUGGGAGUUGUCGUUAGCUUAUACUCAUUCUCUCUAUUUCUACCAACUAUUGUGGCAGGGCUUGGAUAUAGGGGUGGAGCAGCUCAGCUGCACACAGUGCCACCUUAUGUUCCCGCCAUGGUCCUUACCGUGCUAUUAUCCGUCAUCUCGGAUAGGACCAAGCUUAGAGGACCAUUUGUCCUGUUGUUCUUGCCUAUCGCGAUCAUUGCUUACAUCAUUUCUAUCGUUGCAAAGAAUAACACGCAGCGCUAUGUCGCAAUUUUCUUAAUAGCCUCAGGGAUAUUUCCUUGUGGUCCGUGCCUACUGUCCAUUAUUCCCAACAAUGUCUCCCCUCAUUACAAGCGUGCUACGGCAACUGGGCUGUACCUUGGUUGCUCGAAUUGUGGUGGUUUUAUCGCUACCUUCAUCUACACGUCUGACCAAGCUCCCGCAUACGUUCGUGGCCAUACGAUCACUGUUGCUUUUGUCGCAAUGGCCUGGGUGUUCAUGGCUCUUAAUGUGGCCUAUUGUUAUUGGGAAAAUAAUGCCCGGGCCAAGGGCUUGCGACAAGGCAACGUUGAUAAAUACCAAGAGCUUUGGGAUUCCGGAAAGACUCGGACUGCAAUCGGAGAUCGUCACCCAGAUUUCCGUUUCACACUUUAACGACUAGGACUGCUGAUAGCCUGAGUCCUAUGACGGCAUGAUUAUCAGACGCAUAUUCACGAUCCUCCUGUGUACUACACCUUCGCAUAACAUAGAUUUCAAGGAUUCAUUUUUGAAUUUAGUUCGACAGACGGAGACAUCAUCGUUACAAGGGAGGCGUUCAGUACUAAAUUGCAAGAUAAGGACCCAUCUGGAGUUUAAAUCAAGGCGAACCUCGAUGUUAGAGGCAGCCACAUCGACAUGUAUGUGAAAAAAUACAGGCAUGACUAAGCG